AAUGUGCGUCAAAUAGAAUGCCACAUGGCAGUAAAUUAAUGUAGCACCUUUGUUCUGUACUUUACCAUGGAUUUCUCCAGUGCUUACAGCACCUCCACUGUAGCAACUGCUGCAGCUUGCUUGGGAGCUGUAGUUGUUGGUGUGUAUGUUGUUUGGGGACCGGAUUUCUUCUUUAGAAAAAGAGGUCAGUGCCCUGGUUUGACAAAUCUUGGAAACACCUGUUUCAUGAACGCCAUCUUGCAAGGUUUGGCUGCACUGCCUCCAGUGAGGGAAUGGCUGAUCGACACUUCCUCAAUUUCAAACGCUGGCCCCCUUGCAACAGCACUCGUGCAUGUUCUCACAGUUUUAAAUGAGGAGAGAGAGGGAGCUCAUUCACCAUCUUCAAUCCUGCGUGCCCUAAGACAUUAUCGAUGGUCUAUUGAUUCUCAGCAGCAGGAUGCCCAUGAGCUAUACCAUGUGAUCCUGACGACCCUGGCUGAGGAAAUGACUCCCUGUCCCAGUCUGCUCUCAGAAGUACAGAAGCUACUGGAGAGUGGGCAGGAGAAUAGCAGAAGUAUAGCCUGGACAAAAACAGGAUGUGUGUACCCACCUGAGAAGCCUGUCAAGUGCCCACUGCAAGGGCUACUCACCAGUGAACUGCUCUGCUGUGUUUGUAACUACGCGUGUCCAAUGCGAUAUGAGAUGUUUGAUAGCCUCUCUCUCACCUUGCCGACCGUCCAGUCUCAGUGCUCACUACAGAGCUGCAUGGCUGACUAUGUCAGGUCCGAGGUAGUACACGAGGUCGAGUGCCCACACUGCUCAGAGGUAGCAAAAAAGAAGGUCAAACGGAAGUUUUGGAAGCGUCUACAACUGGGAAGACCACCCGACUGUCUCUGUAUUCAUUUCAAAAGAACGACGUGGGGAAAUGACGGACAACUACACAAGAACAACACCUUCGUUUCAUUCCCCAUCAGUCUCAACAUUAGCCAGUAUCUGAAGUCUCAUUCACGAGUGAAGGGGGGGUCUAGUCAUACAUACACGCUGUAUGCCGUGACAGAACAUUUAGGAGGACCAUUCUCGGGCCAUUAUCAAACAUAUAGACGUGUAAAGGAGAGGCAAUGGGUGUGUACAUCUGAUACAGUAGUGUAUGGAGCUACGGCACAUGAAGUCACUAACUGUACUGCGUAUAUGCUCUUCUAUUGCAAAUCGAGAAUUCUGUAGCCCCCAACAACCGACAACUUUGUACCAUAGUAUAUAAAUGUAUACACCUAGUCUGGGGGCCAGACCUAAUAUCUCGGGAGAAAAAUCAAGUAGAGCUAGGAGAAACUCCUAGCUCCUCCCUGAGCAAUUAAAGGUCUGGCCCCCAGACUAACUAUAAACCACAUGACGAUUGCUGUACAAACACCCUCCUGCAUUCUUUGAAUUCAAUGUUAAUAACACCAUUUAAUAGCUAUAUACAUGUAUGUUUUCGUGCAUGCAUGUGUGGUUGACCGACAUAAGCUUGAGCAA